AUGGAGAUAGAGGAGACACUAGAGGAGACAGGAGACAAAUCAGUUAUUCAUCUACCUGUCUCCUCUGCCUUUACUGUUACGGAGGAGACAGAUCUAUCAGGUUCUUCAUCAGAGGGACUAUUGUCUCCUUCUGCUGCUGCUGAUGAUCAAUUGCAGCAGCAGCAACACCAGCACCAGCACCAGCAGCAGCACCAGCAGCACCACCAUCAGCAGCAACACCAUCAGCAGCAACAACAUCAGCAGCAUCAUCAUUGGGCGCCGUCUCCUGAUCACCAUCAUCAUCAUCAUCAUUCUGCAUGCAAUGGGGACUCUCCUUUGUUGUCUCCUGCUGCUGCUGCUGCUGCUGCAGCAGCAGCAACUGCAGCAGGAACUGUAAAUUGUUGCGCAGGUCUACCGCCUUGUAUUGGUGUGUUUGGGGGUGGUGCAUCUUCAUCUGCUGCUGCUGCUGUUGCUGCUGCUGCUGCAUCUCCUCAUCAAGGCAUGCAACAACAGCAGCAGCACCAACACCAACAGCAGCAGCAACAACAUCAUCAGCAGCAAGAGCAGCAGCAGCAGCAGCUGCAACGUCAUGCAAAAACACCUCGUCGUAAGGAUGCUGUUGAUGCAGCAGCAGCAGGAAUGAGCUGCAGCACAAGUAGAGAAGAUGAUUGUUGUGGCACUGAUGCAGCAGCAGCAACAACAACAACAACAUCAUCAGCAUCAGCAGCUGCAGCAGCAGCAACAGCAGCAGCUGCAGCAGCAGCAGCAGCUGCAGCAGGAGUAUAUCCUCGUGAUGCAGCAACAGAUACAUUAUUUCAGCACCCAACACCUGACUUUAUUGAUUAUUGUAUUCGUAAACAUUUACCAUCUAAUCCUAAUCCAGAUAACCUACCAGGUAUCCAAUUAGAGCGUCAACAGAAACGUUGGUGUGCCUCUGUAUAUUUUCGUGGAAAUCAAUUUAAAAAAAGAUUCUCUUCAGGCCGAUGGGGAGCAUUGGGCGCAUUCUAUGCCGCUAUAGAAUGGAGACAGAUACAGUGUAAAAAAUUCCAGCAGCUUAAGGCCCUCUCUAUACAUCAACAGCAGCAGCAGCAGCAGCAGCAGCAGCAGCAGCAGCAGCAGCAGCAGCAGCAGCAAGUACAGCAACAGCAAGUACAGCAGCAACAACAGCAGCAAGUACAACAACAGGGAGUUCAACAAAUGCAACAACAGGGAGUACAACAAGGGGUACAAGGGAAUGGGGUACAACAAGGGACACAACAUAUUACUGAUGAUGUUAAUCAUAUGGGUACAAAUUGUCCUACUAAUAGUACUCCUGCUGCUACUGCUGCUGCUGCUGCAGCAGGUGCAGCAGCAGCUGCUGCUCCUCCUGGUCCUGGUACUGCAGCAACAGGAGAACAGGAUGAUGGUAUUCAUGGAUUUACACAGCAACAGCAGCAACAGCAGCAACAGCAACAGAUGAUGCUGUUGCUACAUUCUCCGUCAUCACCGGACGAGGCAUUCACGCCAACUCCGCCAGGUACUAAUAAUAGUAAUACUACUACUGCUGCUGCUGCUGCUGUUGCUGCUGCUGCUGCUCAGCAGCAACAGCAACAACAGCAGCAGCAGCAACAGCAUCAGCAACAACAACAACCGUUAAAGUCUAUGGAUUGUAUGGUACCUCAUACAACCGCAGCAUCAUCAUUACUGCAACAACAGCAGCAGCAACAGCAGCAGCAGCAGCAGGAUGGUGACUUAAGGGAUUCAAGUCCUCCUCCUACACGAGGUGUCUCCUCAUCUGAAGUAUCUCGUCCUCGUCGUAGGAACUGCCGUAGACGUGUAUGGGAGCAGCAGCAGCAGCAGCAGCAGCAAGAGCAACAGGUGCAUGUACAGCAGCAAGACCAGCAGCAGCAGCAGCAGCAAGGUGUUGUAUGUACUGGUAGUGGUAUGCUACAACAACAACUGUCUCCUUGUGGGGUGUCUCCUCAUCGAAGUGUCUCCUCAUUAGGGACACGCCGUCGUUCUACUCCUUCUCGUGGAGGUCUUCGUGUCUCUGCUGCUGCUGCUGCUGCUGCUGCUCCUUCUUCUUCUUGUUGUUCCUCUCCUUCUGUUUGUUGUUCUUCAUCAACUUCCUCUUCCUCAACCCAAUCAACAGCAGCAACAGCAGCAACAGCAGCAGCAGCAGCAGGUGCAACACCAUCAUCUGAAUCCCCUCCCUCCUCUCCCUCAUCUCCAUCCCAACACCAACCCCACCAAUCACCACCAUCCCCUGCUCCCCCCCCGUCAACACAUGCAUCCCCAUCCCCAUCACAACAAUCAGGACCAUCAGGAGCAACAGGAUCAACAGGAGAAGAGGAGACAGACCUAUCUAUACCACCACCAGGUGAUGAAUGUGUCCGUUGGCAUGAAGGUUUCCGUCUCCCAUUUGGUACAGAAGGAAGAAAUCAAUUAUUACGCCGUCUCCGUCAAUUAUACCACUCUGAUGCAGCUAAAUGGGGACAAUUGCUGCAGCAGCAAAAAAUCUCCUUCUCCAGAGUCCCUUUUGCGACUGUCUCCGAAUUGUGGAAAAUUGCUCACGUUAUGGGCUGCUUCGGAUUUGCACUACACCUCAGUCGAAAAUAUGCUGGAGGUGCUGCUGCUAGAGCUGCUGCUGCUGCUGCUGCUGCUGCUGCACAGCAGCAGCAGCAACAACAACAAUUAUUACUCCAACAGCAACAACAACAACAACAACAGCAACAACAACAACAACAACAACAUGGGGGGGGAGGGGGAGGAGCAGGCAGGGGUAUUUGCUCGUAG